AAGGCCAAACCCAGAAAGAUAUACAUAAUAUUCGUCUGCCAUUUUCUAUCUUUGUAUUGUUUCCUUGUUGGCUGCAGUCGACGGACCAUACAAUAGCAGUAGUUUCCUUUCAUUUUCUCUCUUCCUAUUGUUCAUUGAUCUUUCCUCCCGACAUGGAUGAAAAUUUAAGAAAGGCUGCUCCUACGUACAGGAAAGGCUAACGAAUUAUAUAGAGUAAUUCAAAGAAAUGGAAAUGUUUUGAGGCGUGUUGAUGAGGUGGAGUUUAUGGAGACUCCAUUACAUAUAUCUGCAGAAGAAGGGUGCAUCGAGUUUGCAAUGGAGAUGAUGAACUUAAAGCCAUCAUUUUCUCGAAAGCUAAACCACCAAGGUUUGAGCCCACUUCACAUUGCAGUUAGAAAAGGGCAUAAAGAGAUGGCGCUCCGCUUAUUGGAGAUCGAUAAACAUCUUGUUCGUGUCAGAGGAAAGAAAGGUAAGACUCCAUUGCACUACUUAAGUAAAGUUGGAAACCAGCUUGGUCUGUUGGAUACAUUUCUAGAACCUUCUCCUGAUUCUAUCCAAGAUGUUACGAUUGAGAAUCGCACUGCUUUGCAUAUUGCAAUCCAAAACAAUAGACUGGACGUUCUCCAACUCCUAAUUCCAACGCUUAAGAGAAAAGACUAUCAUUGGGAAGUGGUGAACCGGAAAGACAAAGAUGGCAACACUGCACUACACAUAGCCACUAUCCAUAAUCAACCCAAGGUGCUUAAAUCUACUAUUAAAUUGCAAGGCUGAUAGGCAUGCUACCAAUGAAGUUGGUUUGACCGCACUGGGUGUUGCACAACAACAUAAUAACAGAGAAAACAUAACUAUUCUGCAGGGCUGCUUUAUUCCAGUAGUUUCAAACUUUAAACGUAAGUUGGAGAAACAAUUUGUCAUGUAUGUGACAAAAGCAUCACUACUAAUUUUUCAAAAUAUGGACGAUAUAUCAGCCGAUGACAGCAACGCCUUGCUAGUUAUUUUAGGACUGCUUCUAACUGCAACCUACCAAGCCACUCUAAGCCCACCUGGUGGCGUUUGGCAAGGUGAAAAUACCU